CGUAGGGCGGGAAGCGCCAGCGGCGAGGGAAGGCGAGGGUCAUUCCCAGUACCCGCCCCCCCGUGCUGCAUCCUUCGCAAGGAGGAAACGUCGGAAGAGGUCUGAGUCCUGUGCCGUUCAGCAGGGAAGCAUGGUCUCCGCUCAGCUGUCCGUGCACAAUGGACUCAGUACCUGCCGCCGUGCCUUCUGUGGCCGCUUCUCCCGGGGACCCCGAGCUUCUGGGACCCCUGACGGUGCUCUACGCAGCCCUUGUAGGGAGGGACCCCGCUCUAGUUGCCACAUUGCCCAAUGGUGUUCAGCCUGGGCCUGAUUUUUAUGGACUGCCGUGGAAGCCUGUACUUCUCACUGUCUUCUUGGGAAUUGUUUCAUUUGCCAUUUUCUUCUGGAGAACUAUUCUUGUUGUCAAAGAAAGAAUAUAUCAAGUUACUGAAGAGCAAAUUUCUGAAAAGUUAAAGAAUAUGAAGAAAGAAAAUGAAGAACUAGUGCAAAAAGUGUCAAAUUAUGAACUGAAGAUCAAAGAAUCAAAGAAACACGUCCACGAAACCAAAAAACAAAAUAUGGUCCUCUCCGACGCAGCAAUGAAAUAUAAGGAUAAAAUCAAGCUACUUGAAGAAACUAAUGAGAUUCUUGAGGACAGAGCUAAAAGUCUUCAUGAUAUGUUAGAAUCUGAGAGAGAACAGAAUGUCAACAAUGAGGACUUGAUAAUAGAAAAGAAGAACUCUGUAGAGAAGUUAAAGGCUGUUAUUUCAAUGAAUGCUUCAGAAUUUUCCCAGGUUCAAAUUGCUCUUAAUGAAGCUAAGGUUGGUGAAUACAAGGUGAAGUGUGAAUGCCAUCGGGUUCAGGAAGAAAAUGCUAGGCUUAAGAAGAAGAAAGAGCAGUUGCAGCAGGAAAUCCAAGACUGGAGUGAAUCACAUGCUGAGCUCAGUGAGCAAAUAAAAUCAUUUGAGAAGUCCCAGAGAGAUAUAGAAGUAGCUGUUACUCACAAAGAUGAUAUUAUUAAUGCUUUGACUAAUUAUAUUACACAGCUGAAUCGGAUAGAGCUUGAAUCAGAAUGUGAGGGUCAAAAUGAAGGAGGAGGUGACCAGAGUGCGAAGGUGAAAACUCGAAUUAGGCAGCUGAUGGAUGUCUCUCAGACACAAACUGCAGUAUCACUAGUUGAAGAGGAUCUAAAACGUUUACAACUGAAGCUCAGAGCCUCGAUGUCUGCAAAGUGUAACCUAGAAGACCAAAUAAAGAAAUUAGAAGAUGACUGCAGUUCACUCCAAUCCGCUAAAGCUGGGCUGCAAGAUGACUGCAAAACUCUGAGUCAGAAAGUGGACAUUUUAAAUGAACUGUACCAGCAGGAGGAGAUGGCUCUGCACAGGAAACUGAGUCGACAAGAGUAUGAGAGACAAGAAAGAGCAAAGCGGCUGUCAGCUGCAGAUGAAAAGGCAGUUUUGUCUGCACAGGAAGUUAAAACGUACAAGCGGAGAAUUGAAGAAAUGGAGGAAGAAAUACAGAAAGCAGAGCGCUCAUUUAAGAAUCAGAUUGCCACUCAUGAGAAGAAAGCUCAUGAUAACUGGCUCAAAGCUCGUGCUGCAGAAAGAGCUAUAGCUGAAGAGAGAAGGGAAGCUGCUAAUUUGAGACACAAAUUAUUGGAAAUGACCCAAAAGUUGGCAAUGCAGCAAGAUGAACCUGUGAUUCUAAAACCAAUGGCGGGAAGAGCAAAGACACAAAACCCUCCCCAGAGAGGUCCACUGAGCAAGAAUGGGUCUUUUGGCCAGUCCCCUGUGAGUGCUGGAGAACGUUCCCCUCCACUGACAGCAGAGCCAGCUGGGAGACCUGUCUCUACUACUCUGAAUGGAAGAGAUAUGGGUAGAAGUGAAUUUGGGUCAAUGGAUGGACCUUUUCCUCAUCCUCGAUGGUCUUCUGAAGCAUCUGGGAAACUCUUUGCCUCUGACCCGGGACAUGGUCCAGCUCCUGUGAACAGCAGCUCCAGGAGCUCUUCUCCAGCCAAGGUGAUGGAUGAGGGCAAGCAAUCCAUUCCCCGUGAACCCGAGUCCCCCUCAGUUCCCACUGUUACUUCUUUGGCUGAGCAUCCAAUAGCAGUUAAUAUGGCUACCAAAGGGCCCCCUCGUUUCCCAGGGGUAUCUCUCAUGGGCUCCCCCGUGAGAGGGCCCCUACCACCACCUGUUCGAUAUGGACUGCCACCUCGGCCACUUCCUGGGCCAAUUCCUUGGCCACUUCAGCUCGUUGAGCCUUUUGGACCUCCACCAUUUGGUCCUGGUGUGCAUCCACCACUAUGCUUAAGAGAAUAUGCACCAGGUGUUCCACCUGGAAAACGGGAUCUGCCUCUUGACCCUCGGGAAUUUUUACCAGGACCCGCACCACUUAGACCUUUAGGUUCUUUUGGUCCGAGAGAGUACUUCAUUCCUGGUACCCGAUUACCCCCAAACCAUGAUCCCCAAGACUACUCACCAUCACCUGCUGCAAGAGACUUGACACCUUCAGGCUCUAGAGAUGAGCCUUCAUCUGCCUCUCAGAGCAGUAGCCAGGACUGUUCGCAGGCUUUAAAACAGCCUGUAACCAUGACCUCUGACACUUAGUCAGAAUGUGGACUGUGCACUCUUCAUUGCGUAAAGGGAUUAUUGGCUUUGAAAUCCAAAAGUCUUAAGGGUUUAUUUUUAUAACUAAGGUACCUUGGCAGUGUGUGCAUUUUUGAGCCAAAAAAUUCUAAACUAUCAUUCCCCUUUUAAAUAAUGAUCACCUCUUAAGCUAAUGUAGCCUUCCAGCUUUGAAGUGUGCAAUAAGGAAUACCUGUGUUUUAGUUAAUGUAGCAUAUAUACUUGCUAAAUGAUUUAGAAGGUCAUAAAAUAUGAACAUUUCCUGUGGAAAUGCUUUAAGAACAUGUAUUUCCAUUAUCCUAUUUUGAGUACAGUCAGUUGGUAGAAAGCAAUGGUGUUCACAAGCUUGAUGUUUCUGUCUUAAUAUCUGGUCACAGAUUGUUACACUACAAAUGUUCGCUCAACUUAUUUCCUAAACUUAUUUCCCUUCUUGCUGAAGUUCUUUGUAAUGAUAGUAAAUAAAAGAUUGUUUAUUAAUAUUCCUCAAGCAUCUGUUGAUUCAUUGGAUUGUCAUGAGACUUGUGCCAUUUGGAAAGCAUGUAAACUCAGAGUCAGAAGUAAAGACAGUGACUUGGCAGCACACUCCCUGUUGCUCACUGUUAAGGAAGCUGGCCCUUGUUCACCUGUGGACUCUACAAGGGAUUUCUUUUACUCCUGAGAAGUCUGUGGUUCUAUUUAUAGCACAUUCAUGUGCUUUUUUCCAACCCUCACUGCCUAUCUGAGAAUGAGUUUACAUUAGCAGCAAGGAUUGUUCUACCUGAAGUUCUACUGCGUUUGCCAUUAUUGCUUUUAAGGAUGUAUAACAGCAAAAUCAAAGUGAUACGUCAUGUCUGUAAAAAAUAAGGGCAUUUCUUUUCUAAAAUGUACAAUCUCUUCUCCUUCCCAUACCUUGCCACCGAUUUUCAAGAAAUAUGACCAAAAAAAUUACAAGAGUAUAAUCCUAUGAGAAAGAAUGAUGGAAACUCUAAGGCUUCUGAUGUGUCUUCAAUCAGCAACUAUGGGCUGAAUUAAAUCCUUUUUUUGUUAGAUACUAUUUUACAAUGAAUAUUUGAACACUACUACUUUUACUGAAAACUCAAUUAAGGGUCAGAAUCUGGAAUUGUACCAUAUUUAAAGUCCUGAACCUGUAACUACUAUCUUGAAAAUGAUUCUUCUAAGAACUAGUUCUCCAGAGCUGUACUAUCAAUUAUAGUCACUUUUAUAGCACAUUUAAAGAUUUAGAUGAAAUUAACAUUGUAAAAGGCAGGUACUUUUGUUUACUGCAAGGCUACAUUCUUUCAUUCUUUUAAGUCCUAGGAAGUAAUAGGAUUAUUGAAACCUAGAGCAUGACAUGUCAUUGUUCUGUUGAAUUCACUAAGAGUAUUCUGAAAAGGGAGCAAAAGCGUCAGUGUGAAACAAAAUCUCUUUAUCCUAAAACUACUGAAGACAGUAGUUUAGAAAGACAGAAUCUCUGAAAGAAGAUAACUCAGAUUUCAAAAUGAAUUCAU